GAAGGAACCAACGUGAGAAGGAUACGAAAGAGAUCCUUAGCUCUAUCUGGAGAAUACAACAAUGCAGACAAUUAAAUGUGUUGUUGUUGGAGAUGGUGCAGUGGGCAAAACCUGCCUGUUGAUUUCGUACACUACGAACAAAUUCCCCUCUGAAUACGUACCGACAGUGUUUGAUAACUAUGCUGUAACUGUUAUGAUUGGCGGUGAACCUUACACCCUUGGAUUGUUUGACACUGCAGGCCAGGAGGAUUAUGACCGGCUACGACCCCUGAGCUAUCCUCAGACUGAUGUCUUCUUAGUGUGUUUCUCUGUGGUUUCACCGUCUUCAUUUGAAAACGUGAAAGAGAAGUGGGUACCUGAAAUCACUCACCACUGUCCAAAGACUCCAUUCCUGCUGGUUGGAACACAGAUUGACUUAAAAGAUGAUCCCUCGACUAUUGAAAAGCUGGCCAAGAACAAACAGAAACCUAUCACUCCAGAGACAGCUGAGAAACUGGCCCGUGACCUGAAGGCAGUGAAAUACGUCGAAUGCUCUGCUCUAACACAGAAAGGAUUGAAGAAUGUAUUCGAUGAGGCAAUACUGGCUGCCCUGGAGCCUCCUGAGCCCAAGAAGAAGCGUAAAUGUGUGCUCCUAUGAGUCUGACGUUGUUCUCCCCUUGGGAGGAUUUCAGAUUAACUGAACUGGCGCACUACUUUAAAACUUAAAAUAAGAAAUCAGUGGAUCUGUCAAAAAGAAUCACUUAGAUUUACAAGUCAACAUCUCAAAAGAAAAUCACUGACCACUACACACGCUUUGCUAUUUGCUUUUUAAAGAAGGAUCGCGUUGUCCUACCAUUGACAUAAUGUAACCAUAGUGUUAAGUUUAUGUGGCAGAUUUUCGAAUAACACUGCGGUGGUGGAUUUGUCAGCGUUCUGCCAUCAGAUAGCUUAAUUUCCAGUUUGGUCUGAAGUCUGAUGAAUGUUCAUUUUGUUUUCAGUGAAUGAAUAGAGGACAUAAGGUGCUUUUGACUUUCUAAAAUUUCAUUCAUUGAAAGUUUAUUUGAUUGCUAAUAUUUAUAUUUGAUGUUUUAUUGUCAAAUGCAGGUAGAGCUUAAGUAAGCAUAUUAAGGUUGGAAAAAUGUUGAGGAUAUUGAAGAUACCUGUACCAGAGCCCUUACGUUUCCAGGAUUAUAAAUUCAGCAAGUCUCUGUGUAAAUCGAAGAGUCCCAUAAAGUCAUGGGAAUUACCUUGUUUUUUUCAUCCAAGGAUUUGAUAUGAAAGUGUGUGUUUUGGAUAGAAGUGGGAGUGGUUAAUAGUGAUCUUAUUCUGUGGACUCAUUUACUGGAGUGCAUUUUCAUGGUCACCUGUUUGUUGAAUUGUUGCUGUAUAAUCCCAUCAGAAAAGAAGCACAUAUAAGUGUUUCUUGAGUUUUAGGCACGUCAUGUGUGGAGGACUGCUCAAAUGACCAUAAAGAAGGAUUUUUUUUUAAACAGUGUUAUAAGUUAAGGUAGCGUGGUGGACCAAAGCAUUUCAGAAUGGUCAGUUCUCUUUUUCUCCCUCUCUCUUUCUUUUUUUUUUUCUGGAAAGUGGCCUGGUGGGUUUAUAGAAGCUUAGAAGGAUGCGAGUUAUAAAUUGGUGACUGUUAGCAUCAGACUCCCUGUUUCUGUCUUAUGGUUCUACAAGCUGUGUGAUUGAUCAUUGAAUGGUUCAGAGCCUGUUCAGGUUCUGGACUUAAUUUUGUUGACUUGGAAAAAGGAGCCAACCAAAACGUCCAGAUCCCCAUGUGAAUAGACAGAGCCAACCAACAGAAUCAUCCCCUCUGGGCUCAGUGUUUGUUUUGUUUU